AAAUCAAUGCAGACAGCGCCAUCAUCUCUGUUGAAGGUCUCAUCUGUUUGUUUACAACUCUUUUUUCUUGGUGAAUUUCCAUCGCACACAAUAAGCCAAAAAAGCCUUCGGCAGUACGUGCUUUCCGGUAACAGACGAACUGUGGCCCCCAAAGGUUCGAAAAUGGUGGAUACGUUCCUGCUGCAAAUGUUAUCCAAGAGAAGAAACGUCGUAAUGAGUUUAAUAGGAGCUGCCUUCUGUGCUGCCAUGUACGAGUUCAUUGGUAUAAAGAUAUUAGGCACUUUUGGCAUCCUUUAUGUUGCUUUCCAUCUCAGUGAUUUAAUGACAAAAUUUAUUUACAACAGUCUACCCAGACGAUUGAUUGACAACACCAAUGACAAGGCUGUAGUGAUCACAGGUUGUGACUCUGGAUUUGGUAAUGCACUUGCAAUCAAAUUAGACGGUAUUGGGUUCAAAGUUUACGCGGGUUGUCUCGACGUGCGCGGGGAAGGAGUCCAAGAACUCAAGGCAAAGUGUUCUAGUCGGCUGCACCUGAUCCCGCUAGAUGUCACAAAAAGUGAUCAGGUUUCCGCAGCCACUCACCUGGUUGCUUCCACCUUGGAAGAUAGAAAAUUAUGGGCCGUGGUGAACAAUGCCGGUGUUGCCUGUUCGUCCGAGAUAGAAUGGUGUCCCAUCGACAUCUUCGAAAAAAUGCUGGAAGUUAACACAUUAGGAACAGUUCGUGUAACGAAAGCUUUUCUACCACUGCUGAGAGAAUCUCAGGGUCGAGUUGUGUGCGUUGCAUCCAUGGCUGGUCGAGUUACCGUUCCUGGAUUUACGCCUUACUCCAUGUCAAAGUUCGCCGUUGUUGCAUUCGCUGAUGGACUGCGUCGUGAAAUGCAGAAAUGGGGCAUCAGCGUUCAUUGUAUAGAGCCAAGUCUCUACAAAACCAACAUUUCUGUGCUGGAGCCAUUGUACAACAGUUUAAAGAAUUACUGGGAACAGUGCUCAGACGACGUUCAAUCGUCAUACGGGAAAGAAUAUUUCGAACAUUUUAAAGAAUCCCUGGGUGAUCAUAUGAAACGAGCCAAACCUGAAGGAAAGAUAAUCGAAGUUGUGGACGACAUGGUCGACGCCGUUGCUGGGACAGAGCCGUUGUUGAGAUACGUGCCAGCCAUGGACGUACAGUUUCGUUCUCGUCUUCUGAUUUCCAUGCCGACUGAAAUGCAAGAUCACGUCCUUAAUCAGUAUUCUCCAAAAAUUCCUCCUGCAGCAGUGGUCGCUAAAAGGAAUAUACUGCCACCUCUUAAGAGCCCGUAUGGAGGGCAGAAAAGGCCACCUCUACAACGUCACAUGUCAAUGCCGAUGAGGGAAAAGAACCUACCGGAAACCUUGCAAGAACAGGAAGAGAAUGCUGAACCCGCUACAGCCUUUAAAUUUUCUUAAAUCUUUCAAGAGAAAAAGAAUUACAUAUUUUAAAUCUA